UUGAAGCAAAAACCGUAUAAAAAACAAAAACACCAAAUCAAAACCGACACUGUAAACUCCUUCAGAUGUCACGAUGACAACUCCACCACCAGUUGAGUGUCAUUCCGGCUGUUCGAAGCCGAAUCGCUCACUCUCUCUCUCUCCUGGAUCAAGCUUCCAUCGACUCAUUCCCACCCUAAAUUUAUGAUUUUCAUUAUUUAUUUAUUUGUAAAUUUCAAGCCCAAUUAGGUUAGGGUUUCUAUGUGCGCAUGGCCUCCUCGGAGGAGAUAGGGUUACAGAGGCUGGACAAUGGACUCAACUCUCACUCCCAGCUGGUCUUCCACGACGACACCCUUCCCCGCUUCAAUUGUGCCGCCGCCACCUCCCCUCACCGCCGCGCCGGUGACCCCGGCCCCAAAACCCGCGAGCUCAGCGCCUUCAUCGACGACAAGAUCUUCCCACCCGUCGACCGCGACCGCUAUUUCCCCUCCCAGGCGGAGUUCCGCCGUAGCAUCUUCGCCGCCGUGCCUCACCGCCGGGACCAUCCCUUGAGCGAUGGAUCGGACGACGAGGACGAUGACGAGGACGACGAGGACGAGGACGAGGACGACGAUGAGGGCGACGGCGAGGUCGAGGCAUUGGUCGCGGUAGACGAUCCCAGUCAUAAUAAGAGUCACAACACCAGCAGCACUGGCACAACAAAAGCCAAACUCCGCUCGUCUCUUGGAUCCAACAGGGAAUUAAUGGUGAAAGACAGCAGCUUUGUGCAAACUGCAAAUAAUGCUAGAGCGAGCCCAAGCGAAAAUCAUUCUCACCAGCAAGGGCGUGUUGUUCAUCUCCAGAAUGCGGUCACAAUUGCAGUGACCGAUGGGGACGUGUACUAUUCACAGUUUUUACAAGGUCCAGAGGGAUCAGGGUCUGCCUAUGGGCAGAAGGAGUCGGGUGUGGAAAAUGGAUGUGGGUUUAGUGGCAGAAAGGAAGCUGCAUUUUCAAGUGAAUCAGGAGAUUCUUUAAGGGCAAUUCUCUCAGACCCCAUAACAGGAGCUCUCAUGGAUGAUGCGGUGAUAUUGCCCUGUGGACAUUCCUUUGGAAGUAGUGGAAUGCAGCAAGUUAUACGAAUGAAAACUUGCUUCACUUGCUCACAGUCUGUUUCAGAAGAGUCAGUGGCACCAAAUCUCUCUCUUAGAGCUGCUGUUCUGGCAUUCCGGCGGGAAGAAGAGUCACAGUUUUAUCGUGCAUCGAAAAGAAGAAGAGAGAGAUUUGAACAGGACAAGAGUAACUACUGCGAUUCAUAUAUUGAUCCUCCCAGAGGUAGAGGUGUUCAGUUUCCAUUUUCCGUGACAGACCGAGUUAUUAUAAAGGGGAAUAAGCGGACUCCACAGCGCUUUGUUGGACGCGAGGCUGUUGUAACAACACAAUGCCUGAAUGGAUGGUACGUGGUUAAGACACUGGACAAUGCAGAGAGCGUGAAGUUGCAGUAUCGCUCACUCGCUAAGGUUUCUGAUAAUUCUUCGUCAAAGCCCCUGCCAAGCAAGGCACCAAACUGGCUCUAAACCCCGCACUGUCCUGUAUGCACAACAGUGGAGCAGUGAGAGUGUUCGUGAGUGUUGCCAAUUUGUUAAGUCUAACUUACACCGGUUUGACGGAUUGAGAGCUUUUUCCUGUUUAUAUUCAGGCCUUGUAAAUUAUUAGAAGCUAUACCACAAUGAUGUGAUUCGAAAAGCGGUAGAGAAUGAAGUUUUCAGUAACAAA